AUGGGAAAUAAUGUUGAUAGAAUUAUGGUUCUGAAUGAUAACAGGACAGCUUGUAGUGGCUUGAAUAAUGUUGUGUGGUUUGUGGAGGAUGACGGGCCAAUGUUUCGAGGAAUAUCAGGUGGAGAAAAGAAGAGAGUGAGCAUAGGUCAAGAAAUGCUAAUUAAUCCAAGCUUACUAUUGCUAGAUGAGCCAACCGCAGGUUUGGACUCAACCAUAGCUCAACAGAUCUUGAACACACUCAAACGGCUUGCUGGUGGCGGUAGAACCAUCGUCACUACUAUUCACCAGCCCUCCAACAGGCUCUACCACAUGUUUGAUAAGGUUAUCUUGCUCUCCGAGGGCUGCCCCAUCUAUUAUGGUCCUGCUUCUUCAGCCUUGGAAUAUUUCUCCUCAAUCGGCUUCUCCAGAUCUAUGACCGUCAAUCCUGCUGAUCUCUUGCUUGAUCUUGCUAAUGGUAAUUUCAAGGUUUUACUCCUUGGAAAAUAA